GGUCACAUGGUUGUGACAUCAUCAGAGGUCCUGUUGCCCACUUGGAUCUAGAGUUUACCUUCCAGAAAGAGGCUUGAGGCGCACACUGUUGUCUUUCGGCUGUACGGUGGCCGGGCAGGCUCUAUAUAGUACAUUACGGAAGCGGGCGCCUCCUUCCUUGUAGGUACAGCCUGUGUAAGUAUGAUUACUUUCAUGAACAGCUCAGACAGUGAGGAAGAGGACUGUAAUGAGAGGACAUCACUGAUAGCAUCUGAGACCACCUCUCUACCUUCUUACCUAGAUGGACUACAGGCCUCAGCAGAGACGCCAGAUAACCGGAAACAAUAUACCAGUAGUGCACAGGUGCUGAGUGAUGCAUCUAAUGGUGAGACUUCAGGCGUGGGAGCCUCUGACAGAGAAGUCCCAGUGGAUAGUGAGGAGGAAGAGCUGACGCUUAAAUACGGUGCUAAACAUGUCAUAAUGCUGUUCAUUCCAGUCACUCUCUGCAUGGUUGUUGUCGUUGCUACAAUAAAAUCUGUCAGCUUCUACACUGAGAAAAAUGGACAGUUAAUUUAUACACCCUUUACUGAAGAUACCACAUCUGUCGGUCAACGGCUUCUAAAUUCAGUGCUGAAUACACUUAUUAUGAUAAGUGUUAUUCUGGUGAUGACUGUAUUCCUUGUACUCUUAUACAAGUAUCGUUGCUACAAAUUUAUUCAUGGAUGGCUGAUUCUGUCAUCUCUGAUGCUGCUUUUCAUGUUCUCAUACAUAUACCUUGGUGAAGUUUUUAAGACGUACAAUGUGGCAAUGGACUAUCCAACUUUAAUCAUGGUCAUCUGGAACUUUGGUGCAGUGGGAAUGAUCUGCAUUCAUUGGAAGGGUCCUCUCCAGUUACAGCAGGCUUAUCUUAUUAUGAUCAGUGCUCUUAUGGCCCUUGUAUUCAUCAAGUAUUUGCCGGAGUGGUCAGCUUGGGUUAUACUAGGAGCAAUAUCCGUGUAUGAUCUUCUAGCUGUAUUGUGUCCAAAUGGCCCGUUAAGGAUGCUUGUGGAAACUGCACAGGAGAGGAAUGAGCCUAUAUUUCCAGCAUUAAUAUAUUCCUCUGCCAUGGUAUGGACAGUGGGAAUGGCGGAUUCCGAUAACACCGAUCGCAGAGUAAAUCAAAAUGCAGGAGAGUGUGAUCCAGGGAAUAUAAAUCACGUAUCACAAGCGGACAGAGAAGCUACCGAGGUCCAAAUUCAGUCACCUAACAACAGAACUGCAUCCACUGAUAAUGAAGAUGAGGAACGGGGAGUAAAGCUUGGUCUUGGAGACUUCAUAUUCUACAGUGUACUUGUUGGGAAAGCUGCAGCAACAGCUAGUGGAGACUGGAAUACCACACUCGCUUGUUUUGUUGCCAUAUUAAUAGGUUUAUGUCUGACUCUGUUGCUGCUGGCAGUUUUCAAGAAAGCACUGCCUGCUCUCCCAAUCUCCAUCACUUUUGGCCUGGUGUUCUACUUCUCCACAGAUAACAUUGUGCGGCCUUUCAUGGACACUCUGGCUUCUCAUCAAAUGUACAUUUAAUAAUGUUUAUCCCUUACCAUGUCAUAAAUCUGUGAUGAGUAUGUUUUUUUAACCCUUUGUGUCACAUAUAUUAGUGAUACUGUGCACAAUAUACUGUACAGUCAAAGGAACUAAACCAAAGUUUUAAUUUGGUUUACUUUAGUAGAGGGACACGGAGUCAUCCUGUGUUGCAAGAUCAAGAUGCUUUACAAGGAAGCCUAAAAAAAUGUGGAACUGUCCUUUUGUGCUCUGUAGUAAACAAAUAUUCAUCACUUUAA